AUGACGGACGCGUGGAUUCGAGGUAUAGUGGAAGCCAUACAUUCUGCCCCUACUCAGGCUGUCCUUUAUCUCGCCGGUGGUGCGUCUCAGGCGCUAGGAUGGUUGAUCACAGUACCUGGAGCUUCUAAUACAGUGCUUGAAGCUGUUGUUCCUUACUCUAGAAUGUCCUUUAUUCAAUUACUUGGCAAGAUUCCUAGUCAACAUUGUAGUCAACAAACUGCAGAGGAAAUGGCUCUAUUAGCUUACAAUCGUGGUCUUAAGCUUUCCAGUCCAGGUUCUCCUGUUGUUGGUGUGGGUUUUACUGGAUCUUUAGCUAGCUUACGUCCGAAACUUGGGGAUCACAGGUUUUACUUGUCAACAAGAACGUCUGAUCGACUUUCAGUAUCUACGGUUACUUUGUCUAAGGGUUUGCGAACUCGGGAGCAAGAAGAUACAAUUUCAAGUUAUCUCUUACUGAAGGCUAUUGCAAAUGCAUGCAAAGUCCAGGCAGCUUCUGUUUCUCAUUUGACUGAAUCUGACAUGUCUGAUGAGCAUGAAACACACUUCAGUGAAGAUCAAGAAUUGGAACAACUUAUAGAUGGGAAAAUAUGCUUUAAGGUUUAUCCAUUUUCAAGUGAGAAUCAUACAUCAACUGCAGAGAGAAAGAUAAUACUUUCUGGUUCAUUUAAUCCAUUGCAUGACGGUCACCUCAAGCUGUUGGAAGUUGCUACUAGCAUUUGUGGCAAUGGGUAUCCCUGUUUCGAAAUAUCAGCAGUCAAUGCUGACAAACCUCCACUAUCAGUAUCACAAAUUAAGGACCGUGUCAGGCAAUUUGAAAAAGUUGGAAAGACAAUAAUUAUUUCCAAUCAACCUUAUUUCUAUAAGAAGGCUGAGCUUUUUCCAGGAAGUGCUUUUGUGAUUGGUGCAGACACGGCAGCAAGGCUUAUUAAUCCUAAGUAUUAUGAUGGAGAUUAUGCGAAGAUGCUAGAGAUACUCAAUGGAUGCAAAAGCACAGGGUGCACUUUCCUUGUUGGUGGCCGUAAUGUGGAUGGUGUUUUUAAAGUUCUCGAAGACUUUGACAUUCCAGAGACGUUGAAAGAUAUGUUCAUCUCAAUACCUGCUGAUAGGUUCCGCAUGGAUAUUUCCUCCACUGAAAUAAGAAAGAGCAGUGGAUUGUGA